UAAACGGCUUCAACUUUGUCAUUCACACUCAAAACACAAACACACUCAAACAAACCCCACUCUAAAAAGGAAGGGGGGUAUAGCACAUUGGAAGGAAAGAAAAAUUUUACAAAAAAAUAAAUAGGAAAUCAAAGCUAACGGAAAGUCUUUGAGCUUGAGCGACCCUUUUAGUAAAGGAAGAAUCUGGACCGUCCCAGAUCCGUCUCUCUCCGGCCAUCACCCAUGUCCUCCACCGUCCGAUCUCUCUCUUUCCUUUCCUUCCUCUUCUUCUUCCUUUCCCUCUCCUCCGUAUCACUCGCCUCCGACUCAGAUCACAAGUAUCAACAAGAUGACCCAGUUACCCUUUGGGUAAAUAAAGUUGGUCCCUAUAAUAAUCCACAAGAAACAUACAAUUAUUACAGCCUUCCGUUUUGUCGUCCAAAAGGCAAUGCUGCUCACAAAUGGGGUGGUCUGGGUGAGGUCCUCGGUGGAAAUGAACUUAUAGAUAGCCAGAUCGAUAUAAAGUUUGAUAAAAAUGUGGAUAAGGCUGUCAUUUGUCAACUGGAACUUGAUGAGGCAACAGUUAAACAUUUCAAGGAUGCAAUUGAGAACAAUUACUGGUUUGAAUUCUUUGUGGAUGAUCUGCCUUUAUGGGGUUUUGUUGGUGCGUUGCAUCCAGAUAAGAACAGUGAUAAUGGCAAGCAUGUUCUUUUCACGCAUAAGAAAAUUGUUGUCCAAUUCAACAAAGAUCAGAUUAUUCAUGUGAAUCUCACUCAAGAGGGCCCAAAGCCUUUGACAGUUGGAAAAACAUUAGACAUGACAUAUUCUGUCAAAUGGAUGCCAACUAAUGUCACUUUUGCACGUCGUUUUGAUGUUUAUCUGGAUUAUCCUUUCUUUGAGCAUCAGAUCCAUUGGUUCUCCAUUUUUAAUUCAUUUAUGAUGGUUAUCUUCCUCACUGGUUUGGUGUCAAUGAUAUUAAUGCGAACUCUUAGGAAUGACUAUGCAAAAUAUGCUCGGGAAGAUGAUGAUCUGGAGACUCUGGAGAGAGAUGUUAGUGAAGAGUCUGGUUGGAAACUUGUGCAUGGUGAUGUUUUUCGGCCUCCUCGCAAUUUGGUUCUUCUUUCGGCUGUUGUUGGUACAGGUGCUCAGCUUGCGUUGCUUGUUCUCCUCGUCAUCUUAUUGGCAAUUGUUGGAAUGUUGUAUAUUGGGAGAGGAGCGAUUAUCACAACUUUCAUUGUAUGUUAUGCUCUUACAUCGUUCAUUUCUGGUUAUGUGAGUGGUGGGAUGUACUCGCGCCAUGGGGGGAAAAAUUGGAUAAAGUCCAUGAUCCUCACAGCAUCUCUAUUUCCAUUUAUGUGCUUUGGUAUUGGGUUCAUCUUGAACACAGUUGCUAUCUUCUACGGUUCUCUAGCGGCCAUUCCCUUUGGCACUAUGGUUGUUGUCUUUGUCAUAUGGGCCUUCAUCUCUUUCCCUCUGGCACUUCUUGGUACAGUUGUUGGAAGAAAUUGGAGUGGUGCUCCAAACAAUCCUUGUCGUGUGAAGACCAUUCCUCGUCCAAUUCCUGAGAAGAAAUGGUAUCUCACACCAUCUGUGGUCUCAAUUAUGGGUGGAUUGCUACCCUUUGGCAGCAUAUUCAUUGAGAUGUAUUUUGUCUUUACAUCCUUCUGGAAUUACAAGGUGUACUAUGUGUACGGAUUUAUGCUGCUGGUUUUUGUGAUUCUCAUUAUUGUCACUGUUUGUGUGACCAUUGUGGGUACGUACUUCUUGCUGAAUGCUGAGAACUAUCAUUGGCAGUGGACUUCUUUCUUCUCUGCUGCCUCAACAGCUGUCUACGUGUACCUUUAUUCGAUAUACUACUAUUAUGUGAAGACCAAGAUGUCUGGCUUCUUUCAGACCAGCUUCUAUUUUGGAUACACUUUGAUGUUUUGUCUCGGUUUAGGAAUCCUCUGUGGAGCUGUGGGUUACCUGGGCUCUAAUUUGUUUGUGAGGAGGAUCUACAGAAACAUCAAGUGCGACUAGGAUUCUUCUGAGAAGAAAGAGACUGCAUGCCACUUCCCUGAGCACUUCAGUUAGGACACAAUAAAUUUUGAGAGGAAGCUUGUGGUCAUGUACGAGGGACAGCAUUUUCUACAGAUUCAAAUCACAGGGUUUGAGGAUGGGGAUGUAUUCUUCUUCUUUCUCUAGACUAGGGGAUGCCCUGAGAUUUUUUGUGUUUUCCCCAGCUGUAAGUGAAAGGCCUUAAUUUAGGAAUCAGAAAUUGUUUCUAUAGUAUGGAAAUUUAGCAAAAUAUCGGACUCUUGUCAUUUAUUAUUUUCUUCUUUGUCCCUUUACAAAUAGGUUCCCUGUGUAAGGAUUGAUGCCUAAUUUCUUCUGUUCUUUUUAUUUAGUUCUGUACCUGCACAUCUUUGGGACAAAGAACUUGUGAGGGAAAAUACUUUUUUAGUAAUGAAUUUUGUGAUUCUGAAUA